UGGUUGUCCUGAUGCUUCUGCUGCUGUUGCAAGAGGGUGGGGCGGGCAGAGGGAAAUCAACAAGAUCACCACCUGUUUCUUUCAGGUGCCUGACAGCCAGCGAGGAAAACAUCACUCUAUCGGGCAUGAAGGGAGCAAGAGGGGGGAAAGGCUAGCGAGCAGGCAAGUGAUUGAGCAACCCCAGCUAGCGAAUGGAGUCACAAAGAGCACACAAGGUGCAGGAGCCAAACAGCCUCUGACUUCCACAGCAGCAGCCCAGAAGCAACCAGCCAGCAUAGAACCUCCGAAGAGGGGACGAGGGAGACCUAGGAAGCAGCCACAGGAACCAAAAGAAGAGUCAUCUCCUGAAAAACCAAGAGGAAGACCUAAAGGAAGCAAAAGCAAGAGUCCAUCUCAAGCAGCUCAGAAGGUGCCAUACAGCAGACGAACCAGUGGGCAGGAGGGGAGCAAUAGAGAGGGAAAACUAAGUGGACAAGAAAGAGAACAAUCCUGCCAAGAGAAUGGAGUCUUGAUGAGCACACAAGAUGAAGGAGCCAGCCAGCCUUCAACUUCUUCUGUACCACCAGCCCAGGAGCAACCUGCCAGCACAGAACCAUCAAAGAGGGGACGAGGGAGACCUAGGAAGCAGCCACAAAUGCAGAAACACUCUCCUCUGCCUUCUCCUUCCACCACUCUCCCUUUCAAAUUGUAUUCCUUUGCAUUAAGUGUGGCUUUCAGGUUGCCAGUGUGACUAGAUGAAGCCCUUCGUUGUGGGUCCCACAAGCUACUAAUUUGCCCUUUUGGUAGCCAGAGUGGCUCUGGGAUUUUUUUUUCCUUGCCCUACCUAAUGGCUGACACAACAUUUCAAUAAAGUGUUCAGUUGCUCUUAUUCUGAUUAUCAAAUCCCUUAAUUCUCACUUUAUUUCAUUAUUAUUAUUUAUUAUUAUUAAACAAUUAAAAAACUGCUGGAGAAUGAGGAGGAGAGCCUCCCUGCUUGAAAAGAAUUUUGUUGAGAAAUAAGGGAGAGGGAUGGAAUAGUCCAGAGUGCUGUUUGUCCUCUAAGAUGAUUUAGCUCAAAGAUGGAAACAGAGGCUGGAAACGGGGGUUUGAAAUACCUCUUCAUUUGGGCUGGCCUUGCUGUUGAUAUUUGAAAGCAGGGCUUCUUUUCCAAUCCCCUGAGAUUUUGGCUGGACCCUCUUCUU